UUCUGGUAUUCAAGCAACGAAAACGCCGGUGAAUAAACGCAAAGGUUCUUGCCAGGAAGAAGCGGCGACUGAGGCUAGCGAGAAUUUUUUCAGUAAUGAAAAUACCACAGAAGUUUCCGAAUUGGCCUACGAAAGAGAAGAUGUGCACGGUGAUGAAGCACAAAGAGCGAUGAAUGGUAACGAGCGUCCACAGAACUCCGAGGACUGCUCGGUCAGGUGUGACCCGCAGACCGUGUCCGCUUUCUUUAAACGCGAGGAUAGUCUUCCAGGCAACGGGGAAGAUAAACAUGCUGUAAACAUGCGGGCAGAUGAAGGAUGUUCUCCAGAUGCAAACGUGAAAGGUCAACUGAGGUCAGCCAAACCCGCGUGCUCAGCAAUGCCAGAAAAUUCGUCGGAAGCUUCGAGUGCCUCGACUUGCGAAAACAGGCAAAAGGAUGGCGUCCUGUCAACAUCCACAAAUACAGCUUCCGAUAAUCUAGAUACAGCAGAAGCUGCCAUGUUGUGUACACAUGACAGGGGUCAAGGUCACAGAGAGGAAGUGAUGAGAUCGGAUUUGAAUCCCCAACGUGCCAAGCAGGGUCACCAGAGGAGGGCGCUCCUGUCUAAGACGACGUUCAUGAUGUUUGUGCUGACCGUCGCAACCCUUCUCUGUUACCUUCCUUACAUCGCUCUGAUGAUCGCAAAGGUGGAGUUUGCAAAAGUUCAUCUCAACUCGCAGAAGACGAGCCUGUACUUCAUCGCUCGCUCUUUCCCAAUCGUCAACAGUAUCAUCAACCCUUUCAUCUACAGUUUUUGUAACUCUAAGUUUCGUCUGCAGUGCCGUCGAUUUCUUACGAAAGUGCGCAGAGUCUGCUGUCAACAGGUGUAAGAACAGGUGUAUACAAUUGUGAGAUCAGGUGUAUCCAGGUGCGAGAUCACGUGUAUACAGGUGUGAGACCAGUUGAAAGAAGGAAGUUCUUUACUUUUUAUCUAAAGAAGACUUUUUAUCUAAAACGAGAUUUUUGUUAAGUUACGUUUGCACGUGUAAUUAACUGAUUUCUCAGACUUGCAAUGAACGCUUAAAAUGUUUUUGAUAUAUUGUUUUUCAUGUUCUAAAAUCCAUUAGUGCUUACAUUAUAAUCCAUUUUUCCCGCCAAAAAACGUAAAAAACCAAAAAUAAAAUUGUGUCAGAUCAUGACGUCAGAUUAUGACGUCAAAUCAUGACGCAGAAACCCCCUCCUCCCUUCAGAACUAAGGCACGGGCUGAGCCAGCAUGCGACACGCGACAAUAGUUAGUGAGGUCAACGGAAGGAACAAAGAGCUUUCUCUCUGCUUUCUACGAAAGUCUAUGACACGGACGGUGCUUGUUACAGGAUGGACCUUUUACCACAGAUAUUAACAUAUCCUGUUCUUCAUACUAGCGAUCCCAGGAUCCUGCCUACACUACAAUCACAUUGUCAUACGAGUGAAUUCCAACAGACCGAUGGUCAGCUCGUCUGAAUGCUCCAAGAGACUUCAUAUCUCGAGGAAUUCUAAUGAACAAUGGAAUCUUCUAGCACCACACCCAUGUGUUGUUCAUCCCAGCUGAGUGCGCCAGCAGACGACAUGAGGACUACAGAAGACGUACAACGUUAUCUACGAAAUCUUAACGAUAAAACCUUCCUUCAACUAAUCCCAGUUGUUACUUUCUUAUUAAUAAACAUUGUCAUAGGUGUCCUUGGCAAUCUCAUCGUCUUCUUUGUUUACCUCACACAGUUCAAACCCAGCGCCACGCGCGUGUUCGUGCUGGAAAUGGCCGUCUGCGAUUUCGCGACCAACGUCUUAAUAAUGCCCUGGGAUAUUCAUGAUAUUAUGUACAGCUACACCAGAAGUGUUCUUUCCUGCCGAAUAACAUGGUUCUUUGGAAAAUUUCCAACCAUUGUGUCCUACCUGACCCUCAUUUGUGUCGCUUUUGAUCGUCGCCGUCGCAUCUGCCAGGUGCACGAACGACAACUAAGCGCUCGACAAGCGACUUACCUGUUGAUUCUUCCACUCACCCUGACCUCCGCCAUCGUGUUUCCGUUCAUACACUUUUACGGAGUAAUUCCAGUAGAGACAGAAAUAUCUGGAAUAAGAGGAAGUAUGUGUGGUUUUCCAAAAUAUUCUUCAAAAAUGAACGUGAAGCAGAUAUUAGGGAUUCUCCUGCUGACCUUAUAUAUCGUUGAGCUUGUAGUAUUAACAACUUGCUAUCUACAGAUAUCCUACAGAAUUUAUCAACAGAAAAAGCGGGUUUCCCUUGCUGGGGAAGUAAAAUUCUCUGAUGUCUCUCACUUACCAAAAGGAGGCAAAGAAAAGCAAACUGAAGUAAACUCGUCUCAAAAUGUCCAGACAGAAGAAAUAUCUGAUGAAACUUUCGUCAUGACAUCGAAGGGUCUCAAUGUCUCUCGGAACUUGUCUGAACACUCUUCGGGAUUUAAAGAGGACGCAGACGGGCAUGAUGCACAGGACAUGGGUAGCCAGGCUGAAACGCAUUCAUCCAGAAUGUCUUCAGAUAACGAAGGUGAAAGUCAUAAACGAGUGUUACCGAGAUCUGGUCUUGGUGCUCCAAGCAAUCCACGGGCGAGGGCGCUCUUCUCCAGAAAUACAUUCAUGAUGCUUCUAAUCACCGUUUCAACCGUUAUCUGUUGUAUCCCUUACUUUGCUCUAACGAUAGCACAUGUACAGUAUGUGAACGUUCACUUGAGCUCAUGGAAGAAGAACAUCAACUACCUCUUCAGGUAUUUUCCUAUGCUCAACAGCGUCAUCAACCCCUUCAUCUACAGCUUUUGCAACCCCAAGUUUCGUUCUCAGGCUCGUCGCUUGCUGACGAAGAUUUUUACUUUUCGCAGGUGUGAGACCGGUAUACAUAGGUGAAACUAUGUUCAAGACAUGUUCUUCUCUGUUUUACAUUAUUUAUUGAAAGAAAAGAGAAACAUAUCAUGUAUGAUAACAAAUGUGUGGCGUAGUGAGAGAAUGAUAAAGUUUUUUUUGUUAGCGGUAGAACUGAGGCUUCCUGAUUCUGUGGUGUUCUCCUUUCAUUUAAUUAUUUAUUUAUUUUUAACUUACGAUGUUGUUUCCAUAGAAACAUUCUUACUGUAACUAGAGCACAUUCCCAUGUUUAAGUUGCCCACUGCGACAAAUAAAGUUGAUCAUUGUCAUAACUUA